GACUGCGGCGGUCGCCAGGGACCCCCCCGGAAGUGGUCGCUGUGGAGUGUAGCUGUUGACUCUGACUCCUGGUUUACGAUGGGUUGCGACGGAGGAACAAUCCCGAAAAGACACGAGCUGGUGAAGGGGCCGAAGAAGGUUGAGAAGGUUGACAAAGAUGCUGAGCUAGUGGCCCAGUGGAACUAUUGCACUCUAAGUCAAGAAAUAUUAAGGCGACCAAUAGUUGCCUGUGAACUCGGCAGACUUUAUAACAAAGAUGCUGUCAUUGAGUUUCUAUUGGACAAAUCUUCUGAAAAGCCUCUUGGGAAGGCAGCAUCUCACAUUAAAAGCAUUAAGAAUGUGACAGAACUGAGGCUUUCUGAUAAUCCUGCCUGGGAAGGGGACAAAGGAAACACAAAAGGUGACAAACACGAUGACCUCCAGCGGGCACGUUUCAUCUGCCCCGUUGUGGGCUUGGAGAUGAAUGGCCGGCACAGGUUUUGCUUCCUGCGGCGCUGUGGCUGUGUGUUUUCUGAGCGAGCCUUGAAAGAGAUACAAGCAGAAGUUUGUCACACAUGUGGGGCCGCCUUCCAGGAUGACGACGUCAUCGUGCUCAACGGCACAAAGGAGGACGUGGAAACGCUGAAGGGGAGGAUGGAGGAGAGGAGGCUGAGGGCAAAGCUGGAGAAGAAAGCAAAGAAACCCAAGGCGGCAGAGUCUGCCUCAAAGCCAGGUGUCAGUGAAGAAUUUCCAGGGCCAUCAAAAAUUAAGACAGGGAAGCCUGAAGAAGCCAGCCUUGAUUCUAGAGAGAAGAAAGCCAGCUCAGCUCCCCGGAGUGCAGCAGCAAACGGGAGCUCUUCUGGAAAAGUCGGGAAGCCUCUGGGUGGACCCCCAAAGCGGUCCAUUGCGGACAGCGAAGAGUCCGAAGCUUACAAGUCCCUUUUCACGACUCACAGCUCCGCCAAGCGCUCCAAGGAGGAGUCCGCCCACUGGGUCACCCACACGUCCUACUGCUUCUGAAGUGCGUGCUGCACCCCGUGCCACACAGGCCCGUCCAGUUUCCACCAGGGCAGGUGGCCGGGGCAUGCCUGUGCCCUGUCCUCUGCUGGCUCUCCAUUUGCACCGAGCUAUAAAGUCAUCCUCCCAACCCCCAGAGCUGGCGUGGUCUCCCCUGCUUGUGACAUGUGUGGGUUCCCAUGGUGACGUGCUGGGCCCUGCCCGCCCCCUCCUUCAGGCUCAUGCCCUCCCCGCGGCCUGGAAAGAGGCAUUCGCUAUACCUUUUAUGGCUGAAAUAAAGACUCCAGAUUCCUUGGGGUGUGGGGGUGGCCCAUUUUGCCUAAAAUUCUAAUGAUUUUGCUGCCGGUAG